UUUCUGUUUCAAAAUUGAUAUCCUACUCUAGCCUCGCUCCAAACUCCCAAGUACUCCAAAGAUGAAGCUGUUCAUUGCUAUCACCCUUUUCGCCAUGGUCAUGUUCGUUAACUGCCAAGAAGCUGAAACCGAAGUAGUAGCUGAACCCGAAGCAGAAGCUGAACCCGAAGCAGAAGCUGAACCCGAAGUAGAAGCUGAAGUCGAAGUAGAAGCAGAAGCAGAUGACGCUGAUGCCGGCGCCUCCUCAAUCCAGCUGGCUCUCCUUGCUCUGGUACCAGUAGUUGCCCGACUUGUCUAAAUCAGGACAAGAUCUCCAGCCCGGCACCGUUUCCAGCUUUUUAUAGAGAUCUGGAAACAAUGGACUCGGGACUUUAUGUUGUAGUGACGUCACCCAGCUUAAAUUUUUAGAUUGUCGACUUUGUUGUUUGUAGGUGAAAUUUCAUUUUUAUAUUUUUAUGUAAUUAUUGUUAUUCUGAUAUAAAAACCCCAGA